AUGGAAGAAGUGGAUAUGAGCCCUGAGUGGCAAGCCGGUGUUAUUACGUGUGGUGGUCAACUUGGUUCCACUGUACCAUAUGGCAAUUUUCAAAGCUCCGGUGGGAAUCAUCGCGGAUAUGGAGAAGUUAAUGAGGGGGGUUUUUGUGGGGGCGUGUUGGAGGGGGGAAGGAGGAUUCCUUGGGUAGCAUGGGAGCAAGUUUGUAAGGGAAGUGUGAUAGGAGGACUUGGGUUGGGUUUUCUUGCAUGGCAAAAUAAGGCUUUGAUGUUGAACUGGGGGUGGCGGUUUGGGGUUGAGCAGCAGGCUUUAUGGCGGCAGGUGCUGUGUCAAAAACAUCCUUCCACAGCAGCUGCGCACCUCCUUCCUCUUCUCCGGCAGCGCGCGCCUCCUCCCUCUCCUCCGGUUGCGCGCGCCUCCUUCUUCUCCUCCGGUCGCGCGCCGCCUACCUCUCCUCCGGUCGCGUGCCCCUCCUGCACUCUCGCCGAGCCUCUUCACGUCUACAGAAAAAAGCUCCAAAAAUGGACUCAACCCAAUGUCAAGAGAAUGGAAACAAAGAUGGUCCCUCCCUCUUUUCACGCAAUCCCUAAAUCCUUGCUGAAGCUCAAAUCGUCGUCGCACUGCUGGAAGCUCUCAACUCAGGAACAACGGUUCACUGCUGAAGCCCACCGCUGUCGCUGCCGCCGUCGCACUGCUUGAAGCACUGCCGCAGGUACCUUCUUCAUUUGUGUUUAUUUUUCCCUGCUGCUGUGAGACUCUACUUUCCUCUCGG